CUGGGGCUAAAGGCUUGUGAGUUGUGUUCCGCUGUCUGCGCAUUUCGGCAGAGGGGAAUCGCCGAAUCGGGUCGGAUCUCUUGUCAGAUGCUCCAGGGGGCUCCAGAGCUGCUUUCAUCCUUAUUCGGGCCUGCCUGACCCUCCGCAGCUUGGCCAGGGGCCCCCAUCACGGUGCUGCAGUGCAUCCUUGACCAUCUGCGCAGACAUAAUGGGGAAUCCAGGUCGUGGGGGCACCGCCACGGCUUCCCCAAUGGAGGCGGCUUCGCCCCUGGCCAUGGGGGCCAAGGUGGGCCCUUUGCCAGCCCCCCACCCUGGUGGGUACAGCCCGCAACUGCGCAACCUGAGCUGUAGCAUGGAGAGUGCAUGGAUCGGGUCUCCUCCAAGCUGGCCCCAGGCACCCGUGCAGUCCGCUAGCUCAAUGGGCGCACCCACCCAGAAUGGGGAGGAGAGUCCACCCUCGCAGGGACCCCCUGAGACAGAAGCGGAUUGCCCACUUCUAGACUGGAGCAGCGUGCCUGCAUUGACGGGCGGGCAGAUCAAGCAGAUGCAGGAUGUGGCGACCAGGGGGGUGCUGUGGGCUGCCCCUGGAGACGGGAAGCGCCACGCGAUCUUGGAGCUGCAUUACCUGGGGGACGUGGAGGCGGAUGGCAACUGCCUCUUCACUGCCAUCGCACGGUGCCUCGCUGCAGAGGGGCAACGGUGCAGCUCUGCGGAUGUGCGUGCGCUGGCGGUCCGGCGCUUCCUCGCGGACUAUCAAGGCGGGGCCCUGGAUUGCGCGCAGACAGAUCUGCUGAUUCGCAACUUGUACUCGCCAAAUUUGGAGGCGGGGUGGGGUGUACACGUGCUGCAAGAGGUGAAGCUGCUGGCCAAGCGCUCGGAGCGGGCGGCAAUGGAUGCGGCCAUCCAGGAGCUAGUGGCCACCGGCAUGGCGCGCGAGGCGGCGGCGGGCGCCAUCCUGGCGGAGCGGUGUCAGCGCGUGGAGGACGGCCCAGCGUGGGCAGCGUACAUGCGGUGCGCCGGGGGGGCAACGGACGAGCACGACAUUGUGACGCUGGUGUUCACUCAUGAGUCUCUGCUGAGUGUGGAGGAGAACACGAGCGGCAGGGCGGCCGCGUUUGGGGACGACAUUGCGCUGGAGAGCUUGGCCUCAGAGUGGCGGCGCGAGAUCACAGUGGUGCAGUCACACCCCGGCGCCAGCCCCGAGGAGGAAGGGCAUCUCUUCUUCUUACCGCACAUGCCCCGCCACUCGGCCGGCAAGAAACCAAGCGUGGCUCACUGGCCCAUCUUUCUAUUUAUGAAAGGCACUGAUUGGUGUGCUGGGGGCUCAGACCAUUACGAACCAGUUCGUGCCAAAUCGCGACGAGACCAGACUGGGAAGCCUGCGUUUGUGCUCUAACUACUAACUGCGAUAUAUACUGCAUUAGAUUGGCCAUCCGGACCGUUCUUGAUUCUUAAACGUUUUUGUCGAGUUGCAAAACAUGGAAGCAGGUCGCUUGUGUUUGUUAGCAACCUGGAUUUGCUGAACUGGCUGUGCAGAGUUUGCAUGUGUUUGUUACCUAGUGGUGUUGAUGGGACCAUCUGUGUUGAAGUUCCAGGAUUGAGCCUGGGGCAAGUCCUUUUCAAAUGAUAGGCAAUCGUACCACAUUGAUGAGGUCAGUUUUGGCAACUCUAGACUUGUCGUGUACAAGAAUACACUGUGUUGUUCUAUUUGAUUGAAAUUGAACCUUCAUAUCAUUCAAGCCAAAGUGGCCGCCGCAGCUUAGGCUCGGGCA